UUGAUGUUGUCAGUUCCUAAACUUUCCUAAACACAUUUUAAAAGUUUCCAACCAAAGUACCACCGUUGCAACGUUCACUCUAAGGUGGACUGGUCGGUUAAUGUUCAGUAUCCUAUCAUAACGACAGUUCCAUGUUUCGCCAAAUUUUCCACAAAAACACCUGAUAAGGAAAGGACUGGGUACUUACCAGUCCAUAAUCCACACAAUAAGGUAAGGAAAAAGCCUUAUUUAGGAAUUAAAACGACUCAAAAAGAUUAGGAAGUAUGGCUGAUUUAGAGGAGAAGCUUAUAAAGGCCAUAAAACAUUACCAGGAAAGUUUAGAGAGGAAUACUAAGACAGGAAACACUGAUAAGCUCUUGCAUUGCAUAGAGAAGCUGGGAAGACUUUCUAUAAAAGUAUGCCAUUUAGAGCAAACAGGGGUAGGACGGACAGUCAAUGGGUUGAAAAGGUUUGAUGGCCCAGUAGGUGAAAGUGCCAGAAACUUAGUUGACAAAUGGAAACUUAUAGUAAAAGGGGAAGAAGAAGAAGAAAAGAGACAACAAGAAAAAGAAAAAACUGAGCUUGAGACAACAAUGGCUGUUUCCGAGAAUAGUGAUAGUGAUAGUUCCUCAAAAAAAAUAAAAAAAUCCAAGUAUAGUGAGAAAAGAAGAAGCAGAAGUAGAGAUAGGAAAAGUAGUAGUUCAUCAAAAAGAAAGUCUAGUCGUAAAAGUAGCACUGAAGAUAGUGAUUCCGACUCAAAAAAGAAAAAAAAGAAGAAAUCAUCAAAGAGAUCGGAAUCUUCAGAGUCUAGUGAUAGCAGUAGUGAUAGAAGGAAGCCGCACAAGUCAUCAAGUAGAGAUAAAACCUCACAUAAAGACUUAAAGUCUAAAGAAAGACACUCAUCACCCGAAAAGAAAAAAAAGAGAGAAGACACCCCUGAAAAGCACCAAUCAAAAGACAAGAAGAGCAAGAGAGAUGAGUCAACUGAAAAACACCAUUCAAAAGAUAAAAAAAGAAAAAGAGAAGUGUCACCAGAAGUACAAGAGACAAAAAAACACAAAAAGGAGCACUCAGAUAAAAGCAAAGAGAGAAAAAGUGAAAAAUCUUCAUCAAAAAGCAGCAAACCAACAUCCCCUGCUGCAGUUGCGAGCACCUCAAAAAAGAGUGUUUCCACUCAAAAACUGGUUAAUGGCAUUGACUCCGAAUCUGGAGCAAGUUUUGCUGAUGUCUUAAACAUGUUGGGAUCUACUCCAGUGGUUAAAACUAACAAAAAACGAGUUAGUGCACCUGAAACUGUUGAAAAACCUGUUAGCAAGCCUGCAAAGGAAAAAGAGAGUUCUAGAAGUAGCAGUAUGAGUAUGAGUUACCAGGAGCCAAGAACUCAAGUUAGCAAUGACGAAGAGGUGCCUGAUUUGCUCAAAAGGAACCCCAGCAACUUGGAACCCCUUGACAUAAACUUGUCCAGCUUAUUGCCGUCAAUUACGCCCAAUUAUCGUCCAUUAAAUGCGCCAUUGGACGGUCAAAAUAGGAAAUUAUGGACCGAUGAUGAGGCCUUAAGUAGGGUCAUCUCAGCUAAACAUCAGAGGACUAAAGUAUAUUCUGGAGUCAAAUGCGGUUACACCAAAGUUCCUACCCUCUUUGAGAUAUGCAGUCGCGUCUUGCAAGAUAAUUUAGAUGCAUUGGAAUAUACUGGAGGGGUGCCAUAUUCAAUACUAAAACCCAUUUUGGAGAAGGCGAAUCCCGAUCAGCUCUAUCAAUUGGAAUUUCACAAUCCCUAUCUUAUGGAUGAUUCCGACGAGUUAUGGCAGUUGCAUUGUCAUAAGGAGUUUCGUAAUAAAAAACGCGAAGAGUUGGAGACUUGGCGUGACAUGUACAUGCGCUGUCUGGACGAGCGUGAGGCCAAAUUGAAGGCACUUACGGCCAAUAUUAAACAUAGUCAGGACACGUCGAUGCCGGUUAGACAAACGAAGCUGGCGUACGUGGAUAGUUUUGUUAAACCACCUAGGAAUAUCGCUAGAAAACAGGCUAAAAACGGGACAGCAAUGGCAGCAAUGAAAAAACCAUCACAGACCCCAUCGGAGCGACUAAGUUUGCUGGCAAAAUCCGGCGAAGCGGGUAAAACGGCCGUACCGAAUCCCGGAAAAGCAGCCGUGGAAAGACCCGCGUAUACGCCGUCAAAUUUGAAACCAAAAAAGGCCCCGCUGAUGGCCAAAACCUUGUCCCUAUUGAAAAACCGCUUUGGACGUCGGUAGUGGACCGUAGUUUUAAAAAUUUUUAAUUUAUUCGUACGAUACGAGGGGAUUAGGCUUAUUUAGCCUGGUUGUAAUUUUUAACAUUAGGACUUGAUGAUUUUAGAAUGAAGAAAUAUUUACAAAUAUAUAGCAUGUUUUUAUUUUA